GGGACACCAUCAACCAGCGAAUCCAGCAGCUAGAGGCGGAAAUGGGCAUCCGAGAGAUGGAGAUCUCGGGCCACAAGGUCAUCAUCCACGAGCGCGACGACUCCAGCGACCCCUCCACCGGCCGCGCCCUCACCGGCUCCUGGCUCUGGGACGCCGCCAUCCACCUCGCCGAGUGGAUGGCCGCCGACGGAGGCCCCCACCUUGCCGGCGCCACCGUCCUCGAGCUCGGCGCCGGGACGGGCCUCCCGGGCCUCCUCGCCGCCGCCAUGGGCGCGGCCCGCGUGGUGCUCACCGACGUCGCCCAGCUCCUCCCGGGCCUCCGAGCCAGCGCGGAGGCCAACGGGUUGGGGAGCCGCGUGGAGGUGCGCGAGCUGCGGUGGGGCUCGGGCGAGCAAGCGGUGGCGGAGGCCGACGUGGUGCUGAUGUCGGACGUGUUCUACGACCCGGAGGAGAUGGGAGGGCUGGCCAGCGCGAUGAGGGCGGCGUGGGGGGAGAGCACGACGGGGUGGGCGGCGAGCGAGGUGAGGCCCGGCGUCGGGGAGUGCUUGGAGGCGCUGAGGCGGGAGGGGUUCGAGGUGGUGGAGGUGGAAGAGAGGGUGCGGCCGUUGUUGCGGGCGGAGGGAGAGACUUCGGUGUUCGCCGUGUAUCGCGUCAGGCGCGCCUAAGCAAACAAAGCAUGGGGAAUCGCGUUCCUCCACAUAAAUUCCUCCUCCAUUUUGCAUUGCAAAUUAAGAGAAAAUUAGCUACUUUGCGUCGUAAUCAAAGAAAAAUCAAACUACUAUUUUUAACCACAAGACCAUAAAAUCAACUAACUUAUGCUGGUAAUAAAUAUAUCGAAUUAUGUUUUUUGAUGAAACGAUGAAGAUGGUAAUAUAUCAUUAAUCCAUUAGUUUCCCAUGAAGUUUCUUAGAGAAUUACAUGAGAUUUCUGAAGGCAAACUUGAAAGCUCCACCCAAAGCCCUCACAUGACAUACUUAUUAUAGACCUUAAUUAUAGAUUUAACUAUAGUCAAGUAUAAUCUAAACACUUGUUAAGCAAAAGACAAACAAGCAAAGUUGAGGUACGAAUCUCUCACCAAACCUCCUUUGCUCUUUUUUUUUAUGUUGUGUGUCUGUAUCUGUGUAAUAUAAUAAUAAUGCCUUUUAUACCUGCCGACAUAUUUAUUCUAUGCGGUAUCUAAUUUUGUCCCAUUGAUGAAAACACAGCUAUUUAUUUGUCUGUAUUUUUGGGUGAUUAUUUGAUAUUAUUGUUUGAAAACAUUUUAUAGUGUGUGUGAUAUGAGAUCAUGAGAAAUAUCGAGAAUAGUGAUAUAGUCGGGUUCAUGCCGUUUGGGCGUGUCACCAAAUCCAGAAUGCCAGAAGACACCCACCAGCUGAGAUAUCUCUAUUUGCUUUGUUGGGAU